AUGCAAUACGGCCACGGUUCUGGUUCACAAAACGGUGGUGUACCUCGAUAUAAUCAGGGCGCUGGCUUUUAUCCUGUACCACCACCGCCACCACCAGAUCCGAGCACUACUUAUAAUGGCUGGCAAACUGGUCCUACAAAUUAUGGUUGCACCUGGAACCCCUAUUCACAAGAGGCGCCUCAGAGACUUCCCCCUCCUCGCUAUCCACCAUAUUCGGGUACGCAAUCUACGGUUGUUCCUCAGCCCGUACAGUAUCCUAAUGUUAGCCCACCUCCUGGUGGGCCUUGUCCAAAUCCACCUUUCGAUAGAGAUUAUAGACAGUUCUCCGUCGGAAAUGUUGAGCACCGUUGUUUGGAUGAACAUAACCAGUUCAAUAAUGGUCAAGGUACUUACUAUUCACAGCCUCAUCACGAGUUUCCAUCGAACCUCAACGAACCACCGCCCCCACCUCCUGUCGAUUCAGGUUGCCGCCAGAAUUUCCCAUCUGACAGAGUUAUUCGAUCUUCAUGGGAGGACUCUGAUUAUUAUUCUGGUCAGUGGUCUGAAUCGAAACCCCAAGAUCAUGACUGGCGUGAUCCCUACUCGCACACAGCACCAGAAGGCUAUACUGCUUGGGCCAAUGGUAGACGCACCAGUGAUUAUUUAAACCCUCGACGUGACCGCUUCCAAGAUGACUGGAAAUGGCGUGACAAUCAACAGUCCCCGAGACGCGAACGCUCCAGAUCACCUCAGCCUGGACGCAGCCACUUGGAAUACACUCACCGGCCGUUUUGGCAGCCUCCUGGCGGCUACGAGCGCCAGUCAUCUGUGGAGCAUGUUAAUUACCACCACCACCAGUCCUACACAAACACCCCGCCCAAACAGCGACCCAUGUUUGCAGUCUCUCAAGACUCCUCCUCGCAGCGAAUCGCCUCUGAGGCCAUUCUUGCGAAUCCCGGCAGGAAAUCUCGACCCCCGAAAAUUCUCAUCAUUCUUCGUGGUUUGCCUGGCUCCGGCAAGUCCACCCUGGCCAGAUUAAUUAAGGAAAAAGAGACACAGGCAGCGGAAGCUGAGGGCAGGACUGCUGCUGUUCGCCUCCUCUCCAUGGACGACUUCUUCGUAAACGAGGAGGGCAACUUUGUCUACGAGAGUGAAAUGGACGAGGCCUAUCGUAAGCAGCUCGUGAAACUUGUGUGCCGCCAGAUGGACAACGGCCUCUUCACCUUCCUCGUAGUCGACGCCGUCAACCACACGGCCGCAGAACUCGAGGAGUUGGCUGCACAGGCUCGCACCAGACACUUUCAGGUCUACAUAAUUGAGGUCACCGCCAAUCUGGGCAUCUGCAUCAACCGAAGUGCCGGUCGGCGCUCUGAAAGUGACAUCCUCGCCUUGCAGUCUAAGUGGGAGCCAACACCAUGUCGCUACACCAUAAUCGAUGCCAAUUCCUUACAGCAGGAGGUUGCCGCCGAGGAGGUUGACAUGGAGGCGGACAGUGGUGCUGAAGAUGCGGCGAGUCCGAAGACGCCGCCGCCGCCCCCUCCUCCACCACUGCCCCCUCAUCCCGAGGCCAAUUGUGGUGAUGACGAUGAUGAUGAGGAUGACGAUAGUUCCGGGAGAGCGUGGGGAUUGUUUAAGAGCAAAUGGGAUAAGGACGAAGCUGUUCAGCGACUUGGUGAGAUCCUUGAGGGUAACACCUCGCCAAUGCCUCUUGAUCUUAAGCGUUGUCCCUGUGUUUCAUCGCAUUGUAGAACGGUCACAUGGGCGGACAUCGAGGCUUUGCGGGAGAAUUCGCGUCGACGUGAGCUCGGCUUUGUGGUCGGCCAGACGGACUGGAGCCAAAUGACGGAGAGCAAUGAUGAAAAAAUUGCAUCUGCAGCCCUAACUCGGACGAAAUAUUUUUAG